AUGAACAUUGCAAAUCUCGUUUCAAGAAUCAAACACAGCAUAACCAAUGUCUCUUGUAAAUAAAAUACUUGGUGAAGGGGCAGUGGCGGAUCUCUGUGUGUGGAAGGACAAGAUAAACUCGGGGAUAACACUUGUAACGGCAACACUUUUUUGGUUCCUCUUGGAGGUCAUGGAGGCUCGAUUUGUUCCACUUCUCUGUUCGAUCCUGUUUCUCUUCAUGCUUCUACUCUUCUUUUGGGCCAAGUUCGGACAACUCUUUACAACACGGAGGCCUCCCACUCCAGAAGAGAUAAAUCUACCAGAUUCCCGACUUAGAGGCUUUUUAUUAAAGAUGGAGGGCCUUCUUCUUAUGCUCUAUGAGAUUGCAUAUGGGAAAGAUAUCAAAACCUUUCUCUGGACCAUCCUUUAUGUGGCCAUCUUAGACAUCAUUGGGAGCUACAUCAGCCUCCUCACAAUUUUGUAUAUAAGCUUAGUCUUCUUGAUGACAACUCCGGUUUUGUACCUGCAAUUUCAAGAGGCCAUUGACAGUUUCAUCGGGACGGUAUCGGAAGAGAAGAACAAGAUACUUGGAGUAUUCAAAUCCAAAGUUGUCUCAAAGAUUCCUAGGGCCAUCAAGGUGGAGUAGUUGAGUUCAUGUGAAAUGAAAGCACCUCUAUAUGCUACUAUCAUAGUUUUAACUAUAUUUGAUUUAGAAGGGAUACUUGGCUGUUGUAUUCCUUCCUAGCUACUAGCUAGUACUAAAAAUCCGUGUUUAAAGGAUUACAGAAACAGAAUAAUAAAACUUUUGGGAGUU